AUGGAAACGCUACCUGUAAUGCAUGUCGCCUCUGUUUUUGGUGAUGCUGGAACUGCGGUAUCACAUUCAUCUGCCAUUUCUACCACUACAGUCGCUGCUGCAAUGCCAGUUGCGGCUAACAUUGGAUCUACACUACAAACGUCAUCUGCACUGAAUUCUUUCUCUGCUACUGCUGUUAAUAACAGCAAUUCGUGUACUUCCGCUUUUAAUUUUCGGAUUACCAACUUCUGUGAGUUGAAUAAUGCACUUAGCGAUAUUAACUGGGCUAAUAUUCUUUCAACAAAUGAUAAUAAACGUAAUAAAUAUCAUAAACUGUAUAAGGCCAACACUGCGAAUGCUGUUCUCAGGGAUCAGUAUAUGAAUUAUGUUAAUCAAUUUAAUGUGCUGGAUAAGUUUCUUUAUAAUCGUUAUAUUGGUAAACUGGAAGCUGAGCUUAAAGUAAAUCCUAAGGCUUUUUGGAAUUUUAUUCGCUCUAAGCGUGGGUCUUCCAACAUACCGGCUUUUGAAUUCUUUGCUGAGUUCUUCAAAUCAAACUUUUAUAGUGAGGCUGAUAACCCGAAUAACUCUAACGCUCGCUCGAAGUUAUCAGAACGCAUUGAUUUUGGUUCCCUCACAAGCACAGAAUUGGAUGUUAGCACUUCUAUGUCCACGCUUAAACCUUCGCUAAAAUGCGAUAGUGAUGGGCUCUGCGCCUAUUUUGCUUUCCUCACUUGCGUGGCGGUGUUUGGUUUUUUGGGGUCCGCUUCUGCCGAAUUCAACUACAAUCCAAACCUUUACACCAAUAACAACAAUGAUGUUGGAACUAAUAACAUAAAAAGUUAUAGCGAUAACGACCAACAGCCAGCAAACAGCUACAACGUCCCACUGAAAGCUUUAAACGGCUUUCGUAACAAUGCACCGACGCAACAGCAACAGCUUCCUGUAAAUGGCUACAACUACAACCCUAACUCCGUGCAACAGCUACUGCUUAAUAACUAUAAUAAUAAUGCAUCUCAACAACUGCAGUGGCAACAACAACAACAGCAGCCAACACAGCAACCACAGCGCAAUGACAAUUCAUAUAGCAGCGGCACUCGUACGCAAUCCAAUAAUGGUGUACCCGCACCUGCUGGCUAUGACUACACCCCAAAAAACUAUGAAGCUCUUUCCUCGUCCUCAUCAUCUUCAGGAUCUGUUCUUACUACUUCGACAAACAUUGACACAUCAUUCAGUUCGAAUGCGCAGCAAAGGUUAGCUCCCGAGGUCGUUCCAGUUGAGGAAUAUAACCCACCAGCCAAAUACGAUUACAGGUACAAUGUACACGAUGAAUACACUGGUGACAUCAAGUCGCACAAUGAAGCUCGUGAUGGUUACUUUAUUCAGGGAUCAUACAGUGUUGUAGACCCUGAUGGUUUCCAGCGCACCGUCAGCUAUACCGUCGAUGGACCGAGCGGCUUCAAUGCUGUCGUCAAUCGUGUGCCCUUCGCAUUGAAGCCUAUAGUGUCCGCUGUAGCUUUAAGUGCUCCAUCCUCGUCAGCCGCUCCAAUUUCUAAAAUAUCUGAGCUACCCCUUACCGACAGUGUUCUGUUGCAGCAGUCUUCUGCUGCUUCAGGGUCCUCGACAUCCGUUUCUGAAAAGGAGCGUGUAGAUGACUCAGACUCCGAUUCGCCAGUGGAGCCUCGUGACAGCUACGGUUCGCCCCCAGCCGACACUCGUGAUGGCAAAGGGCCAUACCCAUAA